AUGAGAACUUUCCAGCUUUUGAGUGUGGAAGAGGUUCUUAUGUAUCACAUCCGGGACCCAGUGAUAAAUAACUUGCCAGACAGCAGAACAUUGUCAAUAGAUACAUUCGGCGUAGGUGACAAUGUCUUUACUGUAGACGCAACUGACGCCGACAACGACCAGAUAACGUUGUCAAUCACGUGCAGUCCCGUUACGCCAACGUGUCCUUUCGACAUAUUUAACUCUGGGGACAUACAGCUAAAUGCCGACAUUUCGGGCACAACAGUCCCCGGAUAUGACGUCACAGUCAGCGUCAGUGACAGUAGCGGGAGUAACGGAAUAUCUAAAGUGUUAACGGUUACAUUUUCUGGUAUAAACAGUCAGCCGACAAUACAAAAUUUGGGCGUUACGUUAACAGUUCCUGAGAAUAACGCUCUGGGUGACACGUUAGAGACGACCGCGUGCACAGACCCUGAUGCUACGGACACCCUUGGGUUCUCCAUGGCGUGCACUCCUUCAUCAGGUCUAACAUACUUUGAAAUUGAUGCAUCAUCGGGUGCUAUAAGCACUUCAAGUUCAUUACUCAAUUAUGAGUUCCUUUUUGCUGCUGGAACAACAUCAUUUUCGUGCACCGUCACGUGCAGCGAUGGCCAGGCGUCUGACACGGCAACGAUAGGUUUUGACGUCACUGACGUCAAUGAGGCACCUAUGUUUUCGCAGAACGGAUACAGUAUUUCAGCGGACGAAGGAGCGGCCGGAACUCCUCUCCAGUCCUCCGGAUAUGACAUUAUUGAAGAAGACAAUAGCGAUACAAAAACAUUUAGUAUAGAUUGUGGUACUUCAACUGGAUAUUUCUCAAUCGACACCACGUCAGGAAUUCUUAGCUUUGGAAGCAAUUAUGACGUUGAUGACGGCGUUCGUCCGACGUCCGUGAGUUGUACCGUCACGGUAACGGACAGCGGUGGACUAACCGAUGCGGUGACGCUGUCUAUAACGAUUAAUAAUAUAAACGACAAUUCCCCAGUAUUUUUUCCAGCAGUCUAUAGCUGGUUUAUAUCCGAAGGUGCUUCCAUCGGUACAACCGUCGGGACGGUGACGGCAACUGAUGCUGAUAUCGGAACGUAUGGAGAUAUAAGCUAUAGCCUAGAUCAGUCAACUCUAGGAGCAAGUUAUUUCGGAAUUGAUCAAACGGGCAAAGUAUAUAUACAAACUUCUGUGGCCCCACUCGGCGGAGGUGUGACGGUAACAUUUAGCGUGGUGGCGACUGACGGAGGAGGAACAGAAACGCGUGUAAAUGCUACGGUAGUUACGGUGGUAACCACAACAACUACAACAACAACAACCACAGACAGGUUUAAGACAUUUUUUGAUGAUGGACGAAACAUAGUGUGGUUCACUGCCUGCUGUAUUGUUAUCGCUAUUACUAUAAUCGUCCUUGUGUGGAUGUGCUGUUCUUAUUGUGGAACCGAUGAUCCAAAGCCAAGACAAAGAAAAUUCAACUUCAAAUGCUGUAAAUGGUUGCGGGUGACAACCAAACCUCAGGUCAAGUUUGAAGAGCCAAAGGAAACCGAAGUUGUAACAAUAGAAGAACCACCACCUCAACCACCACCAGAAAUAGUCGAUAAACCCAAACCAGAGCCAGAGGGAUUCGACUUUUGGGCAUCAUCUGCCAACCAGUGGAGCUAACAGUAAAGUGGUCGUUCAGCAGCGAAUAUAAAAGAGACAUACAUUUCUUUUUCUGACAACAGAAACUUUUAUUCUGUCUUUCGUUUAAUAGUUUCGACAUAAAUGACCAUAUGGACAUUUUAUAUUGACUACUUUUCUUUGUUCGUGUUUCAUUUACAUCGUUAAAACUUUUAUUAGAAUAUAACUGCGUACUUCAGUUUAAGGAAGUGGGCUCAGAUUGACAAUCGGCAAUAUCCGUGCGAUUCCGCAUAUGAUUUCGUCAUUCUCCGGUUGUUAUGAAAGAGAAUUUUCUAUUACAGCCGAAGGAUGCCGAGAUCGCAAACGGAGAAUACGUCAUGACACGGAAAUUGCCGAUUGCCUUAAAUUUAGGGGUCCACUACCUUAAACAUAUUUUAUGCAGAUAAUUGAAUCAGAUAUCACACUGGAGAGUAGAUGAAAUUUAUUCUGAAUAACAAUACUUAUUAAGCUAACCAGUAUAGCUAUGGACAAACGGGUGCAAAUUAAACCAGAUAUGAUUUAUUUUAAGAUAUACACAGCUCUUUCCUUGUUCCAAGAUUUCAAAUCUAGUUUAUCCAUUACACCACUACCAAACGAGUUUUACUUGGAAGGGUACUUUAUUGGAGUUACUCUGUCCUAUCCGUUUCUCUGUCCAUCCCAUUUUUAAACACAAUAAUAGACUGCAAUGGGAGGAAGUAAAGAGAACAGCAUCUAUAACUCUACCUUAAAUAUUUAACUAUUUUUAUUAGACAUUAAGAUACUAACUCAAAAUUUAAUUAGUCGUCAGUUAGUAUUUUGAAAUAAAAAAAAAAAAAUAGCAUCCUGCCCUUUUAUCUGCAAAAUUUCAAGGCCUGUGCGUCUGUCUUUCAAAGGUCAAAAUAAAAAUUGAAUGUCUGUCUGUCUGUCUGCCAAAAUUGUUAAUUGGAAAAUACAUUAUAACAAAUUUGCACUGAAUUCAAAUGUAUACUCGAGAUAUCGGUAUUUGGUAUACACUUUCGGCAAUAACUGGUAAGAAUCUAAAUAUUUUCCCAAUAGAACGUUACGCAAAAUGACGUUACGUCAACUUUGCGCCCGAAGCGCAAUAAACUAGGGUUCAACUCAAAAUUAAGAUGACUGGAUUUGUGUGCGAAAUCAAC